UACCCAAAAUCCAGAGUUGGAUUCGAAUUCUUGGAUCCCCAAAUCCAAUUCCACCGGAAUUCUGCCGCGGAUACGAAAAUUACAAAUUCAAAUAAGAAAGGGCUAAAAGGUCUUUCCACCUUGGAACGCAGACAAUAACAGAAAGGGCAGUGGAAGUUUCAGAGCAACUCACGAUUCACGACUCUUCCUCUUCCUCGCUCCGGCCCUCUUUCUCUCAGACCUCGAACUGCUCUCACAGCUUCUGCAACUCAGAUUUUCAGGGUUUAGAACACUAAUCAAGGGUCAUUCUUGUUGAGGUAAUAGAAGAUUUCUUCAUAUUUUUUGGCAUACAAAAGGUACUCAUUUCCCCCCAAUUUUUUGGUCUUUUGGUUUCCCAUUUCAAUGUAUGUUCUUGUGAGUUUUGAGAUGACAAGACCUGUAAUUCCAAAAAUGAUUCUUUGAUUCUGGAGCCUAGAAUCAAAAGAUUAUGGUUUUUGCUUUCCAAAUGCUAUUCUAAAAUUCUUGAAUUUGACCUACAAUCCAAAUUCCUGAACUGUGCCAGAUUUGUAAUUCUCAGAAUUAGAAUCCGAACCAAGCAUUGUUUGUGUUGGCUAGCUGAUAAUCUCCUCCAAAUGCUUGUACAAUCAUAACAUCGUUAGGCUGUGAAUUUGUAGUCAACCAUUGAAAUGGAUGUUCAUGAAAACACUCAACACCAAAACCCGCCGCAUACCCUUCAAAAUCACCCAUUGAUCUUGAAAUUCAAACUAUUUACAUUUUGGGUGUCAACUGUUUUGAUUCUCCUUCUUGCCAUCUCCUUGAGCUUCACCAAAACUAGUUAUUUCAAGCUCCAAUAUUUGAAAUCAAGCCUUUCAUCUCACCCUCAGAACCUCACCCUCAUAAAUGGAGUUCUAGGGUUUCUUUUCUCAACCGAUAGAGGUAGAGCAAUCCCAACAGUUGAACCCAAUUCCAUGUCUCCAUAUUGUGUUCUAUGGAUGGCACCUUUCCUUUCUGGAGGAGGGUAUAGUUCAGAAGUUUGGGCUUAUUUGAUGGCUCUGCAUGAAAACAUGAGAAACCCUAGAUUUAAGUUAGCUAUUGAUCAACAUGGGGAUCUAGAAAGCCUGGAGUUCUGGGAAGGUUUGCCUAAAGGGAGCAAAGAUUUGGCUUUUAAACUUUACAGUACAGAAUGCAAGAUGAAUGAGACUAUUGUGAUUUGUCACAGUGAACCAGGGGCUUGGUACCCCCCUUUAUUUGAGACCUUGCCUUGUCCUCCCACUGGUUAUGAGGAGCCCUUAUUCGUCAUCGGUCGGACCAUGUUUGAGACUGACAGAGUCAACCCUGGUCAUGUGAAGAGGUGUAACAGAAUGGAUUCUGUUUGGGUUCCUACUGAAUUCCAUGUUUCUACAUUUAUUCAAAGUGGGAUUGAAUCAUCCAAGGUCCUAAAGAUUGUUCAACCCGUGGAUGUGAAGUUCUUUGAUCCGUCAAAGUAUAAGCCAUUGUCUUUUGCCUCUAUGGAAAAAUUGAUUUUAGGCUCAGUCACUAGGAUCUCAAAUCCUCAUAGGAUCUCAAAUCCUCAGAAGAAUAGAAACUUUGUUUUUUUAAGCAUUUUCAAGUGGGAGUAUAGGAAAGGGUGGGAUUUGCUUUUGCGAUCAUACUUGAAAGAAUUCUCUGGGUUGGAUAAUGUAGCAUUAUAUCUUCUUACAAAUCCUUACCACUCUGAUAGAGACUUUGGGAAUAAGAUUACAGAUUUUGUAGAACAUUCUGAAAUUAAAAGGCCCAUUAAUGGGUGGCCGUUGGUUUACUUGAUUGACAACCACAUAGCUCAGAUGGAUCUUCCUAGAGUCUAUCGUGCAGCUGACGUAUUUGUUUUACCAUCAAGGGGAGAAGGAUGGGGUCGCCCCAUUGUGGAGGCCAUGGCAAUGUCUUUGGCUGUGAUUGCAACGAACUGGUCUGGUCCUACGGAGUAUCUAACAGAGGAAAAUAGUUAUCCAUUGCCUGUGGAUGAAAUGAGUGACGUAACAGAAGGGCCAUUCAAGGGUCAUCUUUGGGCUGAACCUUCAGUUGAUAAGCUUAGAUUUCUGAUGAGGCACGUGAUGAGUAAUCCUGAAGAAGGUAGAGAGAAAGGGAAGAAAGCUAGGGAGGACAUGAUGAGGCGAUUCUCUCCUGAGGUUGUUGCUGGCAUAGUUGUUGAUAAAAUAGAGAAGAUCUUAGCAAGAUAAACUAACUUUAGUGGGUUUUAGCUGCAGUUGAGGCAUUUGCAAAGAAAAUGUUAUUUUGAUUGGAGGUUUCUGACAAAGCCCAAGCACAGAUUGAAAAGAAGAAAAACAGUAAUCAGUCUUCAUUGCCAUUCAAAGGCCGAUGUCUUCAUUGGUCAUUUUCCCAUUAUGGCUUGAAAGAUCAAAAGCUCAAGAAAACUAUAAGUCGAAUUUUUUUAGACUGGUGGUUGUAUUGUAUUGCAUUGUAAAUCCUUGGAUUGGAAUACUAUGGUCUGAUAUAUUUCAAGACUUUUCAAUUUCAUAAGAGUAUGUUGAAUAUUAAAAGGGUUUGGAGGCCCUUGUGGCAUGCUGGUAUCAGAUUUCAGAUUACGCCAUCUCAUAGAUUAGCAAUCAUUCCAAGGAUUGUUAACCUCUUAAGAGAUCACCUGCUCAUACUCAUCAGAAACAUUGUUGGGUGUUCAAGAGUGUGAUUAAUGCCUGGCUCAACUGUCAUAGCCCCCUUAUUGAUUUGGAUGCAAGGUAAUGUGAAAUAAACCAACUACGGAAUGAUUUGAAAUCGGUGAUAUAAGUCACAUGGAGUAAUAAUUAUAAAAGUUUCUUCUUUAA